GACACGGAUGUAGUUCCGUGAGUCCUGAAAAUACAUCAGAUUAAUGCAUAACUACAAUUUUUGUCAGGCUUUUCGACCGAAGCAGUGAAUGACGACCUUCUCAGUGCGAUACCACCCGGUGUCAAUGGUGACGCUACAUUUUAACAGCCAGGAUUAUUCCAAAGAAAUAAGGAAACUCAGCGAAGGAGAAUUUGAUUUGUAAACCAGUUUUCUACAGACCGACCUUCCACUUUGCUGUUGCUGUUACCGUUUUGAUAUCUUUACUUUCUGCUCAUAUUGUGCAGCCAUGGAUGUGGCAGAUUCCUGAGCAGGAAGGAUGACAUCGGAGGCUGCGGUCUCCAUAGGCGGCACCCCUGCCAAGAGGGACUAUUACUGGCUUCGCUCCUUUGUAGCUGGAGGUGUAGCAGGAUGCUGUGCCAAGACCACCAUCGCCCCUCUGGACAGAGUCAAGAUUCUCCUUCAAGCCCAGAACCCCCAUUACAAACAUCUAGGAGUGUUUUCCACCCUCAAAGCUGUGCCAAAGAAAGAAGGCUACCUUGGCUUGUACAAGGGUAAUGGAGCAAUGAUGGUCAGGAUAUUUCCAUAUGGAGCCAUCCAGUUUAUGGCUUUUGACAAUUAUAAAAAGCUGUUAAGUAAACACAUUGGGAUCUCUGGACACAUCCACCGCCUCGUGGCAGGAUCUAUGGCGGGGAUGACUGCAGUAAUAUGCACCUACCCUCUGGAUGUGAUCCGAGCCAGACUGGCCUUUCAGGUCACAGGAGAGCAUCGCUACACUGGAAUUGCCAAUGCCUUCCACACCGUCUACCUUAAGGAGGGGGGCGUCUCGGGCUUCUAUAGGGGACUUACUCCAACACUUAUUGGAAUGGCCCCUUAUGCAGGUUUCUCAUUCUUCACCUUCGGCACCCUUAAGAGCCUCGGCUUAAAACAUUUCCCAGAGCUGCUGGGACGGCCCUCCUCAGACAACCCUGAUGUCCUCAUUCUGAAACCCCACGUGAACCUGCUCUGUGGCGGGGUAGCCGGUGCCAUCGCUCAGACAAUAUCGUACCCCUUGGACGUGGCGAGGAGAAGAAUGCAGUUAGGAACCGUGCUUCCGGACUCUGAGAAAUGCGUGUCACUGAGCAAGACCCUGACGUAUGUGUACCAGGAGUAUGGGAUCAAGAAGGGAUUGUACCGAGGCCUUUCUCUCAACUACAUCCGCUGCGUGCCCUCCCAGGCUGUGGCCUUUACCACCUACGAGUUCAUGAAGCAGGUCCUCCACCUGAACUAGUCGCUGCUUUUAUAUCUUCCGAGUCUGCACCGCUCAAAGUCGUCAAGCAGAUCAACCUCAAUGCUUCCUUCGUAGAGUGAUCUGAGGCUCACUCGCUUCGUCUUAAACUGGGACAGCGUGGAAACUGCCUUUUCCCUGAGUUCACUGAAGGCACCGGGGAAGUCAGUUAAUGCUGAAAAGGGCAACUUGAUAUCAGACAGUGGGAGGCUUCAUGUCUGUUCUGUGUCAUUCCCUCUCAUUUCCUGUUUUUGUGACUCGCCACCUCUAAUGAGAGGAUUUACUCACGACAUGUGGCUCGAAUUUGAGCAAGUCCCUCAUCGGUGUCUCCAUGGAUACAGCGAGGCAGCGGCACAUUUGGUUUGGCUCAGUUGGUCGAAUGGCUUAGGGGCAAUGAUAUGCUCUUUAACAAUGUUGUUGGCAACACCACAACAACCCUCUGAUUGUGUGUAAACCACACAGCAAACCCAGAUGUCCACACACUCUCACUUGCCUUUUUCUGUCAAUUUCAUGACCUGUCUUAGUGGUUUUACGAUAGAAACCAUUUUAAAAUGAUCAAAUUAGCGGCUUAUUUCUAAUCUAUUCCUUUGCAAGGAAGGUGACUCAUCCCUAGACACUUUAAUUCUACAGCAUGUUUUCCUCUUUUUACAGUUAAAGAAAAGUUGGGUGGCUGGAAUUGUAAAAUAAUCUGACGGUUUAUAAUGUUUUGUUUAUUUAUGACUUAGUGUGUCUUUAAUUGUGAGUGCAGUAACUUUAGGAGAAGUUGCCGUUUGUGCGUCUUUGUCUUUUACACAAAUCAAGAUGCAACAGUUCAUCUGCUUUUUUUUAAGAUGCAGAGACCCAGGUGGCGCAUGAUUUCAGUUUAAAUAUUAUUGCCAAACUUUGAAGAGAACAGUUACUGUAUGUAUUUUCAAUUGCUUAAAAACCUUUGUCUUAUUUUAUUGGUUAAUGUGCACUCAGAUGUUUAGUCUGUAGCUUUGAUGAUAUUGAAUUGUGUACAUCCACGCUCAGCUUUGAUCAGAAAGAUAUGUUGAGUUGUUAAGAGUGUUGAAGAUGUCAGUGUUUUGACACAGCGUGGAUGUAGAUCUGACGGAUGUGGAGGGACUCAGGAGAAAUUUGUACUUCAUCACUGUAGCUUUUUCCUAUUUAUUGAUUUAGCGGCCUGUUGCCACUGGGUGGCAGUGUUGAACACAGAUUGUAUUGUUUACCAUCAGAGCUGGACACAACACACACACACACAUUUCAUACAUCUCUUAUCAAAUACAAGUUAGAUUAAGAUCUUAGUAAUGUUUUGCAUUUUGCUUAAGCAAAGCAAGUUGUCAGAUAGCGUAAUAUAUGCAGUGUUUUUAACCCAAUUCAGCCAGCAGGGUCGACUUCUCGCUGGAGCUAGUGUAUGGCUGUUGGCCUUUAUUGACCCAGCAAGGCUGAACAUAAAUUACUGGCUAAAAAUGUUGUUUAAUCACUUUCAGUGUCAAGUGCACCGCAGGCCUUCAAGUCACUGCCAAUAUUUGCGUGAACCUCAUAAUUUUGUUACAAGCAUUUUUUCUGCCUCUUGCCUUCCUCUGCAUCUGAUGUCUUACUUUACCAGUAUGAUUAAUGUACUUUAUUUGAGUUUCUCCACACGCUUCAGUUCAUGCCUCAGUUUGUAGAUUACCAUGUAUGAGGUGGGGGAAAUUGCAAAAAGCAGACGCCUUAGAAAAGAGCUUUCCAACCUUUUUGGCUCACAGCCCCUUAAAGUGAAGCAGUGUCUACGUACGACCACUCGUCACAGUUUGCACAUGUCCACCAAUAAGUGUGUUUUUUUCUCCUCUAAACAUCUGAGAUUGUCUCAUUCAGAGGCCCGAAGAAUUAAAACUAGCCAGUUUGUCUUUCCUUGUCAUUCCUUUUUCUAGGGAUAAUCCAGUAAUUCUCUCCACUUGAUCCCCAAAUAAAUCUAUGAAAAAUCUCUGGAUUAUGAGGCAAGGUCGCUGUGAGGAGGUGGGAUUGUCAGCAGUUGCAGGGUACCAGAGGUGGUAGCGUGGAGCAAGAGCAGAGCGUUAGGUUGCUCUUUAAUCAUAUUGUGUGACUGCUCAGAUUAAUCAUGUUAUCCAUUGGAGGGGUGCAGACCCCCAGUUUGGGAACUUCUCCAUUAGAAUAAUUGAAAUAUACCAAUUAUUCAUACAGACUACUGGACACUUUGAAAGCACAAUGCACAGAGAUAUCAAGCUAACUGCAGAUAUGUCUAUUCUGAUGCAGCCGCCACAAUUGAAACUGUGAAGCAAAUACGGUUCACAGUGAAAAAUAUUGGUUUCCGUUUUGCUCUUUUCAUCUAAUAAUUGGAAAUCACUCCGUGGCCACUCCAACCAGCUCGACGCCUUGUGUGUGAAGGUGUUGUUGAACAAAAGUCUAAAACCCAGUGGACAUAAACAUAAUUCUCCCAAGUGCGAGUAAAUGAGAGUCUUUAAUGUAACUCUUGAUUGCCGAGCGUACGUAACAAUAAAUUAUCUCCAGCGUCCAGCUGUGCCUACCUGCCUGGCCAUAAGAGCAUAAUCAGCACACUCACUGCAGCGAGCGCCUGGCAAACAAAAUAUAGUUUUCAGCAGCAUUUCAGCUUUUUAUGGCGCCACUCAUUCAUCUGCAGUACUACUGUGUAUGGAAGUGUUUUUUUUUUUUUUUUAAACUGCGCUUCCGAUUGCUGUGUUUGGUUUCAAACACGUGAUCGUUCACAGUUAUUGUUGAUUUUUUGGGGGGGCUCGGAAACGAUAUCAGCUCUGUUACUGCUGCUCUCUGUAAUAGAUAAUUAUGUGAGGAAAAUUCAGAUGUUAUACUUGCAAAUGUAUGUUCAACUAUGCUGUACAACUUUAUCAGGCUGUGUUAGAUGCAACAGAAAGAAGAUGCAUAGAUUUGAGAAUGACUGAACAAUGUUUUUUUUUUUUUUAAUGUUUGCCAGUUUUAUUUUUCUCUCUUUGUACACGGUCGGCUUUGCCUGCUUUGCAUAAGCAAUAAGCAGGUUCUGAAUUACAUUACAUGUCGCCCUCUUAAAACCGUACCAGCCCUUGUGUCUUUAUUUUGUUUGUGAAUGUGAACUGUUUACGAAAGUAAGGAGGGGCAGUAGCCGACUGUAGUCCCUUUAGAUUGAAGUAGAAACAAGUUAAUUCUGUUUCCCGCUUUGAGUUUCGCGCAUACAAACUCCUGUUAAUACUGAUGUUCAGUUUCAUCAGCACAGGAGGACUUGGUGAUGCAUUUGCAUUUAUUUCAGAGAAACUGGAACACACUGCCUGUUGUUGUCCGAUGUCACAUACUCAU